AGAACUUACAGGUAUGUUGUACAUACUACCAAUGGUUGUCUUGCAAGUUAAGGCAAACCUUUAUUAUCUUUGGGAGGUCACUCCUCACCUCACUGACACUCCCUCUAAAGGAGGCUACCUCCUCAAGGAUGCAGGUCGUGUGUUGCCUUCAAGUGCCACAGGAAAAAUGCACGACGAGUGGCGCCAUCAGGUUGUGUCGCAUUCAGGAGGAUUUGGAAGAGCCUUGCAUUAAGGAGGCUGUCAUGUUUCUUCUGCAGCAACUUCUACUGUGUGAAUUUCGGGUUUUUGAAGCAAAUGCUUACGAGGCGGACAAAAGGAACAACUUAUCUGAUGAGAUUGGAAAAGGGGAGUGGUAGAGUAUGUCUACUUUUGUUAUACCUGCACUUAAAUAUGCACUGAUAUAUUUAGAUCAUUACAACUAUCACCUUACAGAGGAUAAUCUGCUGCUAACUAGUGGUCGUUUCUGCCACUUACAUAACAAACAUACAUAUAUAUUAGACAUAAUAAGUCAUAAUUAUGAGAAGGUAUCUCAUAAUUAUAAAAUACCAAGACAUGGGAUGUUACCUCACAAUUAUGACUUAGCAUCUCCUAAUUAUGGGAUAUUAUCUCAAAACUAUGACUUACUAUCUCAUGAUAGUGACUUAGCAUCUCCUAAUAAUGACUUAGCAACUCAUUUUAAUAACUUGGAAUCUCAUGAUUAUGGCAUAUUAUCUCAAAAUAGUGACUUAGCAUCUCAUAAUUAUGGGAUAUUAUCUCACACUUAUGACUUACUAUCUCAAAAUAGUGACUUAGCAUCUCGUAAUUAUGACUUGGCACCUCAUAAUUAUGACUUAGCAGCUCAUAAUUAUGGGACAUUAUCUCAAAAUUAUGAAUUACUAUCUGAUAAUAAUGGCUUAGCAUCUCAUAAUUAUGACUUGGGUAUGCAUAAUUUUAUUUUUUUCCUUGUGGCGGGAAACCGGCUUCCAUAGUUUAAGCCAUUUACAAAUGUAUCAACUAAUCAAUUAAUCUUAGAAAAUAAUCGACAGGUUACUCCCUAAAUGGAAAAACUAUCAUUAAAGUCACAACGUUGCUGUGAGUUUACCCCGAGUGAACGUGAGAAGAGAGAAGUUGGCGUUUCCCGACGGUACGUGAAGGCAGCGCAGUGUGGCCCGGUGUGUGGAGUCAUCAUCAGUCAGGAGUUUGACGGGAGUGUCACUCUCUUCCUCCCGUAUGUUGGAGCUGUGUGCGGGUCGGUCAUGGCUAAACAGUACGACAUUCUGUUCAGGCUGCUCCUGCUCGGGGACUCGGGCGUCGGGAAGACGUGCAUGUUGCGCAGGUUUACGGAUUGUGAAUUUGAUCCGUCUCAUAUUUCCACCAUCGGAGUUGAUUUUAAAAUGAAAACAUUAGAGAUAGAUGGAAUUAAAGUGCGAGUACAAAUAUGGGACACAGCCGGUCAGGAGCGCUACCAGACCAUAACCAAACAGUACUACAGGCGGGCACAGGGCAUCAUCUUUGUGUACGACAUCACGAGCGAGCAGUCCUUUCAGCACAUAGCGAAGUGGGCCAGCGACGUGGAUGAAUAUGCGCCGGACAAAGUGCAAAGGAUGCUGGUAGGAAACAAGUGUGAUGAUGAGCUGAGGAGGCAGGUGACGCAGGAGCAAGGGAGCAAGCUUGCACAAUCCUAUGACAUGGAGUUCUUUGAAACCAGUGCUUCAAACAACAGCAACAUUCGCGAGGCAUUCACUCGUGUGACAGAACUGGUGCUGCAGGCUCACAACAGAGACGCGGACAACUUGUUGUCGUCGCUGGACGAUUAUUUAGAAAAGGAAGAGAAGGGGAGUAAAGACGCUGUCAACAGCUGCGCCUGUUAGGAAGCCAGCCGCUCCGUGGAGGCUGAUACCUACAGACGUUCACCGUGAUCUGACUCUGGCACUCUGGAGGUUUCAUCAUUUCAUUGAUGGUGGUAAAUGCAGUUACCAGUGGCUACCAGCAGAGGGCCACUUUUGUUGCCUGAUCACUUCACCUGUUACCAGUUGAGGCAGGGACGGUUAUUGCUCUGGCCCUUUUUAGCAUUAUUUAUCAGAAAACACACACUCUCCCCAGUGUUUCUCAGUGAAACGCAGUUUUGCACAGUCUUUCUUGUCGCUUUCAAUUUGAUCUGCCUUCUCUCUAUAUCAACAAAUUCACAUAUGUAUAUACUGUAUAUAUAUAUAUACAUAUAUAUGUGUGUAU